UGUACUUUAAGCGGGACGCAACUACGCGAGAUGCUGUCGGUGUUGUGAGUUAUAAAAGUUGCGAUAAAUCAUUAAUUCUGCUGUUAAAAUUUGUACAAAACACGUGCUGGACACGUGCCGCGUAGAAGGUGCUGAUGGUGGUUGUGUUUGCGUUGUUGUUGUUGUUACCUUGGAAUGACAGACAUCGACAUCGACGACAGUACAAGGAUGCAGCUCGACAAGAUAAUUAAGAAAUUUCGCAAACUAAAAAAUUCGUUUCAUGAUUCCGUGUUUCAGGAAAAAAUGGCUCUCACCUCUGACAACACAGAGUUGAAAGUUGAGUGUCGAAAUUUAAGAGAAAGGCACAACAAGUCGGAGAAACACAGGCAUACUUUGAUUAAAUUGUGCAGCGAGAGCACUCAAAGAAACAAAGCCAGGAUACAGUCCCUCGAGCGAGAGAACAAACAACUAAGAGAUAUCAUCGAUGAUCAGAACCAGCACAUCGAAGAGCAGUCGAAAAAAAUUAACAAACUCAGCAAAGAUGUGGAAAGGUUAGGAAAAGGAAAGGAUGAGGUGAGUAGUCUUAAAGCACAAUUGGAGAAAUUGAAAGAGUAUGAUAAGCUGAAAAACGAGCUGAAACUGCUGAAAAAAGAAAAAGAAGAACAGAGAAGGUUCUGUGAAAAUAAUCAUAUGAACAAACCAAAAGUAAUAGAUUCAAAGUCAAAGCUAAAUCUUUUAAAACAACCCAACUCAGUUAGAAGACAGCUAAGCUUUAGCCACCCAUCUUUUGAGAGCGACACAAAAGCUUCGAAAAACAAAAGGAGGGCUAAAUCUCUUUCACAAUUACGUUGGGCAAAUCUUGAUAUCCGUAUUAAUGGACGUUUGAGCCAAGGAGAAGAUUGCAACACUAGCUCAAAAUCAUCAAAAGAAAAGAAGAGAAAAUUAUAUAGUUCUAAUGAUGAUGCUACGGUUGACAUAACCAGUGACGAGUAGUAUUUGUUAAUCAGCUCUAGUUGUUUUUUUUUUCCUCUCUAUAAAACUAAAGAUUUUGUAACAUAGCUAUAUAUCUCUAGCAACUAUUUUUCUACUUGAAAGAUUACUUAGCGAUAUAAUAUUUGUAUUAUAGUAACUAUUAGAUUCAUAGUUAAAGAACCUUAUAUUAUGUACAAAAAAGUAAUUAAUUAACUUUGUUUUGGUAAUUACUGUACAAAACAAACUAUCACUUUUAAAUCUUUAUUUGGAUUGUCGAAGCUUCAAUCCAUGAGUCAUAAAAAUUUUAUAUUACGUCAGUGUAAAAUUUGACUUUCAAUCCCAUGGAUUGAUUCACAAUAUUGAUUGCGCGACAAAAAAAACAUUUUUGGAAUAAUUAACAAGCACCAGAAAAUUAAGUUUAAGAGUGCCUUAAAUUUCAAAAUGCAAAUUGCUAAUAGAAAAAUUAAUUCGCUUUCGGAGUGAGUGAUGGACGGCUUUUAUUACUUGCUAGCAAUCUUUCGGUGCAGGGAGUUCCAACUAUUCGUAUAGUCGAUCUUUAAGUGGCCGUAAGCACUGAAACCCAUGUGCGAAGGUUUACGGUAUCUUGGCACGUCGACUUCAUCGACAGAUGUCUCCUCCUCUGGAUACAAAGCGAUGUUGCGUGAUCUUCCGUGAUAGUAACACUCCUCCCUGCAAGUCGGUACACACGCGGUUAGGAUUGUCAGAUAAUAUUAAAUUGGAUAAGAUAACGAGUGAUGAAAUCAAAUAAUAUAUGCUGUUGAACAAUUUAAGUAUAGUUUCCGUGAAAUUGUUGAGAUAUGUAAUGAACGAAUGUGAAAUUUGUCUGAGGAAUUACUGUAUUUGUAUCGUGAGGCUAUUUUUUGUCUAUUGUUUAAAGUAAAUUCCUAUUGAUGACGGUUAUCGAUAGUGUUGAUUUACUUCAUUUUCAUCCGUUUCCGAAAAACUAUGGUUGUAUGGUUUUACAGAUAAUAAUAAUUAUUAUUAUUAUUGUUAUUAUUACUAUUAUUUGCGAUAAUGUCUUACUUGUCCUGAAGAAAAUUCAAACCCAAGUAAUAA